AUGGAAUUAUACGUAGAAACGUUAACUGGAAUUGCAUUUGAAUUACGGGUCAGCCCGUAUGAAACUAUUAUAGAUGUCAAAGCUAAAAUUCAGAAAUUUGAAGGUAUUCCUAUAUCACAGCAGCACCUGUUAUGGAAAUCCAUUGAGCUUGAAGAUGACUAUUGUUUGAUAGACUACAGGAUUACCAACGGGAGUACAUUACAGUUAGUAUUAUCUAUGCGAUGUGGGCCAAUUAAUACGAAAAGAGUGCCACAUGAGGAAUGCUCUUCCGAAGUUUCUGAAUAUAUCGAUCUGAAUAAUAAGGACGCACUAUUAAAAAAGUUACCUUUAACCGAUAAGCCUGUUACAUAUUUAGUUUUCAGAGACGGCAACAGGCUUAAUCUAUAUCGAUUAUUUCGUGAUGAAUCAAGUAGCAAUGAAACUUUUAGCAAAAAAUCGGCGCAUGGCCAGGGUCUUGGCAACAAGCAUGGUAGCGUUCCAGUAACGGAUUCUGUUAGCGAAAAUGAAAAAACUAUGAAAAAGAUGCAGGCAUUAAAAGAAAAAUUAUCGUCACGAAUAAAUCGUAAUAACAUAACUUCUACACAACACCAAGUCUCACAUGAAGUAGCUGAUAAUGAUAGAAAAUCGUUUUCAAACGAGCUUUCUCUUACCAAGCAAACGAAAUUUACCAGCUUGCCACCAGUUCUAAGGACGGAAAAGGAUAGGAAAACUAAUAAAAUGGAAUCUCGCUGCAUAGCUAGGGAAAAUCAAGUCAUUCUUCAAACUGUUCGGGGUCUCAAAGAUAUCGGAUUACAAGAAUCCCAGGAAAAGAAUGAGAAAAAUCGAACCCAAAUAUUACGUGAAUCUUAUGCUAAACCUCAAUCAAUCAGUGGCAGCAGUCAUAUCGAUAGAGCAAUUGAUAGCAAAGUGCUAACAGCUAAUGUAAUUUCGUCUAAACCCUUCCAUUAUUCCUUCAAAUCAUCGGAGCUGCCUAACCCACGAAAUAGUAUAGAAAAGUUCGAACACAUUAGAAGACUACCUGAUGUCACUCUUAAUAACAAGAAUGUGGCAAAAUGUUCGAUUUGUAACAAGAAAUUAGGAUUAUCUAAUACGUUUGAUUGCAGAUGUGGUCGUGUCUUCUGUUCGCGUCAUCGUUACGCAGAAGUUCAUAAUUGCUCCUUUGAUUACAAAUCUGACGGACGAAAAAUUCUUGAAGAAAGGAAUCCUACAGUUACGGCCCCGAAACUCCCUAAGAUUUAG